AUGGCCGAUACGGUAGUGCUGGUCGGGGCGCUGGACACCAAGGGGGCGGACUUCGCGUUCGUCAAGGAACUGAUCGAGCGGGCCGGGGUCGCCACCCUGGUGGUGGAUUUCGGGGUGCUGGGAGCACCGGCCUUUCGCGCGGACGUGACCCGCGCGGAGGUGUGCGCGGCCGGCGGCGGCGACUUUGCGCACCUCGCGUCGGGCGGGCACAAGGACGCGGCGAUGGCCACCAUGGCGCGCGGGCUCGCCGCGGUGGUGAGCCGCCUGCACGGCGACGGCCGCCUGGACGGCAUCAUCGGCAUGGGCGGCAGCGGCGGCACCUCGCUGGCCACCACCGCCAUGCGCAGAGACUGGCGCCGGUCGGGGUGUCCGAAAGUGCUGCGUGUCCACUGGUGGCGCGCGGCGACGUGA